AUGAAGUUCGGAACUAGCCUUGCACUCUUGGCUUCCAGCCUCUUCAGCGCCGUCCGCGGUGAGGCUGUACCGUGGGAGCGCAUCGACAAGAACAACUCGCUUUUACUCAUUCUUGAUCUCCAAGUCGGACUCUACCAGCUUGCUCGUGACUGGGACCCCACCCUUUACAAAGAGAACAUCAUGGCUCACGCUGAGCUCGGCAAGCUCUUUGACUUGCCCGUCAUCAUGACCACAUCUGCCGAUACCGGUCCCAACGGCCCUCUUCCCAAGGAGAUGCUCGAGAUGUAUCCAGAUGCUCCUCUCAUCCGCCGUCAGGGCGAGGUCAACGCUUGGGACAACUCUGAGUUUCGCGCCGCCGUGAAAGCUUCGGGCAAGCAGCAAAUCAUCGUCGCCGGCAUCGUCACGGACGUCUGCACCGCAUUCCUCGCUCUAUCUCUCCGCGCAGAGGGAUACUCAGUCUUUGCCAACAUCGAAGGAUCCGGCACCACUACGCAGCUCAUCCGCGACACGGCCAACUCCCGCAUGGAGAAGGCCGGUGUUCAGCUCGUCAGCCUGUUCUCCAUCGUCUGUGAUCUCAUGCGCGAUUGGCGCGCGACUCCUGGUGCUGGUGAGGUUCUUCCUUUCCUCGACAAGUACCUGCCUGUCUAUGGUAUGCUUGCUAGGGGCCACGCUGCGGCUAUUGAGAACGGAACGGUUAUUCCCGGGGAAGCUGGAUUGAUCACUGGACAGAAUGGCACUGUUCUUAUUUGA